CGGCUGCGACGGACCCGUCCGAGGGCGGGUUGCUGCAGCGGCACCGCGAAACUGGCUUUCGCGAUUUCGCAGCUCGCCAGCGCUUCUCUGCGGACCUGCUCGGGGCCAUGGCCGUGGUGGGCCUGAUGCUGACCUACGCGGUGGGCAUCGAGCAGCGGCAGCGCAAGGCGGGCGCCGCGGAGGCGGCAGCCGCGGGCGCCGGCGAGGCCGCGCCGCUUUUCUUCGACCCACCGCUGCAUCAGGCCGCAUCCGCGCCCCGCCUGGCCUGGUGUGGCCUGGUGGCGCGGCCGCUGGCCCUGGGCGACUGGCCCUGGCUGGUCAUGUGCAUCGACGAGGUCGCCCUGGCAGCACUCCUCACACUGCUGUGGGCCACAGCGGCCUACCGCAGGCCCAACUCCCGCCUGUGGGCGUACUGGUGCAGGCACCGCGACUGGCUCAUCUCGCUGCACGUGCCGAUGGCAGUCACGGUGCUGCCGCUGGCGGCGUUCUGGGUCGCGCUGCCGCCGCCGCUGUGGCGCCAGGCCGGCGCCGGCGCCUACGUGGCGGCAGUGGCCAGCCGGCCGCUGGCGGACGUGGUGUACGUGACGCUGACGAGCGCCUUCCUGCCGGUGCGGAGCUCGCUCACGGCGGCAGCCGCCGCAGGGCACGUGGUGGCCAUGCUGGCGAUCUCGCGCCACGUGGUCCCCCACCUGCCCCUGUACAUACGCGGCGGCAGCAGCACUGGCAGCACCGGUGCCGCCGUCGCCGCCCCCUCUCCGCCGCCGCCGCUGCUGCACGAGCUGCCGUUUCCCUACCAGUUGCUGAUCGCCGCCUGCUACGUCGUGGCGCCGCUGCUGCUGUCGCUGGGGGCUGAGCGCCGCAUGGCUCACAGCUACCACAGGUAUUGCGGUCACAGCACCAGCCGGAGCAGCAGCGGCAGGAACCACAGCGCUGGACGCGGCGGUAGCAGCAGUAGCAGCUCGGCUGCCAAGGACACUGGAGAGCACGCCAACGGCUUUAAUGUCGCGGCCGUUGCAAAGGCGGCCGCCGAGCCGGGCCCUCUGCAGAGCAUGUCUUGCGGCAGCGAGGACAUCGACCGCUCCGGGUCUUCUGCUGCAGGUGGCUCCCACGAGCCGCUUGUUGCAGCUGCGGCCAUGACGGGCACAGCGCAGCCACAACCGCAGGUGCAGCCGCUGUGCGCCGCGACACAGCCGGCUGCGCGGGUUCGCGUGCUGUCCUCAUCAUCGCCGCAUGCAGCUGCGGCCGUGGCCCCAUCUGCCAUGCUGGCGGCUCAGCCCCCGUCUCCGCCCCAGCCUGAGCGACCGGUGUUGCGGGGUGUGCUGGUCAGCCGCGCAAGGGAGGUGGCUGGACCGGCGACGCCCACAGCGGCCCCACACAGCCGUACGGCGCUGCCUGCCUACCACGGUCUGACGCGCUGCGCCCUCCUUUCCGUCAAAUUGCAAACGCACCCCGGCACCUUCGAGAGCUACAGCCAACGCCUGAUGCAGGCGACGCCCGCCAUUGCCGCGGCGUCGCAGGAGACCUGUGCCGGCGGCUUCACGCAGGCUCUGGUGGUGCGCGGCUGCGUGCAGCUGAUCAUGUGGACACGCACUCCGGUGGCAGCUGCUGGCGGUGCUGUAAGUGCACCCGAACAGCCGCAGCAGCCGCCCCUGGACGCCCGCCUGCUGUCCCAGCUCCUGCCCGACGGCGACCAGGUCGGCGGACUGGCCGUGCAGCAGCAGCAGGCGGCUGUAGCAGCGGCUGCCGGCGGCAGCGUUGCCGUUCAGCUGCUGCACCUGACGCCGCCCGUGCUGCCGCUGCCUGGUGGGCCUACUGCAUCUGACGCCACAGCGCCGCCACCUGAGCCGCUGCGGCUGCGGCUCUUCAGCCCGGGGCCGCAGCGCGCUCGGCUGCUGGUGGUCGGCAGUAGCAGCACUGAGGCUGCGGCUGCAGCUACUGCCGCCGGGGGCCUCCGCCCGCAGCGGGUGUUUGCAGAGCUGCAGGUGCAGCUGUGCGGUGGCGAUCAGGAGCUGGAGCUGGGCGGGGAGGUGCUGCGGCAGCUGCUGCUGAUGGCGUGUGUGGAGGCGGAAGCCCCCACCGGCUGCAGCCGGGCGCUGCAGCUGCUGCUAAUGCCGCCAGUGCAUGAUGGCGACGAGGAGCUAGUAGAGGCGGCAGAGGGCAGCGCGGGCGAGGUCAUGCCGCCGCCGCCCCUGCUGCACUUCUCGGCGCCGCUGUUGGUGCUGCCGGCUGCCGCGGCGGUGGAGCUGUGCGGGCUGUGGGAGCAGGUGGCGGCGGAGGCGGGCGGGGACGCUGCGGCCGCUCACGCCCACCUGCAGCCGCUGCUGUCAGACCUGGCGUAUGUGCUGGAGGCGGCGGAGACAGAGGAGCUGCCCGCGGCGGCGGAGGGAGCCGGCAGCGAUGCUGCGGCGGAUGCAGAGCUUGGUUUCGCAAUGGCGUCUGCGGACCUGAUGAGCUACUUCCUCCGCGCUUGCCUGCCAGCCGCCGCCGCGCUGCUGCGCCGCCCUGGCGGCAGCUGCUGCACGAGCGCUAUGGCCAACUCCACUCCCGAACGCGACGUCGUCACCACUCCGUGCAACGCCACAGCCAGGGCCGCCGGCACAGAGCGCGCCCAUGCAGCUGCCACUGCAAGCCGCACGGUCGGGCACGCAGCUGUCCCAAACGCUGCAACGGUCGCGGAGCCUGGCGUGCUGCCCGAGGCCGCGGCUGCAGUGGCGUUCGCCCGCCCGCCGUACUCUACAGCAGAACAUGCGCAGGUUGCAGGGGAGGAGCGCGAACAGAUCUUGGCCGCCCUCCCUGCCAGCCUUAGCGGUUGCGACAGCAGCGACUCAAGCGGUGGCAGCAGCUGCGGCUGCAUGGGCGCUCCGCCAGCUUCAGCCACAGCAUGUAGCUGCGGCGACAUCAGCAGCACCCCAACCAGCUCCGCCAGCGCUUUGGUGAAUGCUGCUGAAGCCGCCGCUCCAAACAAGGGCAUUCAGGAGGCAGCAGCUGCGCCAACUGCCGCGGCCGCUGAUGGGCCCCAUGGACGGUCGGCGGUCACCUUCCGCGACCUGUUCUUCGGCUUCUCGCCGCCGCAGCUGGAGACGCAAUUCGCGGCCUGGCGAGCGGUGCGGCUAGCGCGCGCUGCCCCGUUCGUCCUGCUGAUCACGCUGCAGCCCUACCUGCUAGGCACCCUGCGCACUCUGCGGGAGGGCUACGCACACACGGGGGCGCAGGUGACGGGCCUGGCGCUGCAGUGGCUGUCAGAUAGCGUGCCGUACGCGGUGCUGCUGACGCGGCUGCGCCACGCGCCCCGUGCAGUCGGUGCGUCGGACAGCCAUGCGCUCCAGCCGCGGCUCGCGGAGGCUAGCCGUGCAAACCCUGCUGGUUGCAGCAGCAGUGGCGGCGCGUCAACCUCUGGGGCCUCCGACAGCUGCACCCGUCCCUCGGCGGCCACCGCCAGCGCCAGGCUGCGACACGCGCCAGCGGUGGGUGCGCCCAACAGCGCUUCCGUACCCAGCACCGGGGACGGCCUUGCACCCUCUGCUGCCGCAGCCGAGGCCGCUCUCAUAGCCGCCGUUGGCGCGUACGAGACGGCGGCGGCAUACGCAGCGCCUGCCUGCUUCUGUGUCGCGGUGCUGCUGGCGCACAUAGGCAUUCUCGCCAGCAACGACAGCUUUGUUGGCGACAUUCGGUCGGUCUGGCUGAUUGUAUUUUAUCGCGCGGUGGUGCUGGCCCUGGCGCUGCCGCUGCCCCUGCGCCGCGUCGUGCCUGUGGCUGGGCGGCGCGAGGCAGCUGUGGUUGCGGCGCUGCUGCACACGGCUGGGACUGCGCUGGUGCUGGGGCUGACGCAGCCACGCUGGAGCAUGCUGGGGCUGGCCGCGACGGGCGGCCUCACGUGGCUGCUGGCGACUGUGGUGGUGGGCGUCCGGGACUGGGCCGCGCGACGCCGCUUCCUGCAGCAGCGCGCUGCGCGGGUUCCAGCCUUGAAGCUCGCGUCGCAUGCGGCCUCCGAGCGGUGAUGUGAAGGUGCAGCGCAGCGGCUGGGACAUGGAGAAGUGUGCAGUCAUUUUACGGAAGACUAUAAGGCCUGCUAGUGGCUAUCGAGUUUGGCAGGUUCUCUGUACCAGUAGUGUACCAGUAGUAUCACCUUGGAAGACCAUUUAUCCGGAAAGAAUGAAUGAAUACUUCGUAUAUUAGUGGGUAAUAUGGCGCAAAGUGUUAAGGGCACUUCAGCACUGCUGUCUGUCUAUGUCGGAUCCAGGUUGCGGAUCACUUCAGUUAUAAGAAGAGCGAAACCCAGAAGAAGUUGCCAAAGAUAAUAAAGAGUUGUAUCAAUAAGUCAGGGUUGUAUUGUAUGGGCUGGCAUGAGGAGAGUGAACACGUCGCUAGCGUGACAGAAUACCUCUAGACCCGGGCAGACCUGCCCUGCUCUAGACCUUGGUCAUUUGACAACUCUUGUAAACAUUGCUGCUAUGAAACGCAAGAAGGGCAGGGAUCGUGACCAUGCUUUGCAACUGGCACCUCGGCCGGCGCAAUAUCCACUAAUAUGCAGCACGGAAGGCAAAGUUGUUGUGGCGGGAUUUGUGAAGCUGUCAACUAAUAGGAUAAUACGG